AUGUCUGAUCCAGCUUCAACAGGAAAUGCUGCCUUUGUUCAGGCUGCUGCUGACGCCAAAGUUAUGACAUACAAACCAAACAAUGACGAAUUAUUGGAAUUAUAUGGUCUUUUCAAACAAUCCAUUUUUGGAGACAACGAAACUGCCAAACCUGGCAUGUUUGAUCUACAAGGAAAAGCAAAAUGGGACGCAUAUACGAAGUGCAAGGGUAUGUCAAAGGAAGCUGCCCAAGCCCAAUACAUCGUUGUUGUCACCAAACUUCGAUCCAAACAACCCUGA